AUCGCAAAUAUUAGUCAUAAUUAGCAUGGAUAUAUGAGCCGUUUAGUUUGAAUGUGGCAUAAGACAUUCCAUGCCGUUUGGCUUUAGAACUUCCUCAGCCAAAGGUAAAAAAGUUUUUUCAUUGGUCUAUGACGAUAGAACGAUUUACAGGUGCAUCUAAUUAGAGAUAAUCAACCAUUUCAGCAGAAGAUUCAGAAAUAACGUAUGCCACUUUCAAAAUGAACGACUCAUAUAUAAAGUAUUUCUAUGUAGCCUUUAAUAUAUCCGUAUUUUUAUAUAUUAGGUGUUGCAGAUCCUGUCGAAAAUUGCAGCAUACCGUGAGCUACCGUUUUCAAAGUCAGCUGUACCAUGAUUACUUUUACCUACCUGGAUAUCUUUCUCCCGACUUAAUUUGCUUUUUCAAUGCCGGCUUAUACCGUUAUAAUGGAUUUCAAACGGAAGAUACGUGGCCAGAAACAAUUCGCAUCGCUACCAAUAUAAAAUGCCCCAUUGUGGUUACUUCGUAUACAGAGUACGAGGCGCCAAUGGACAUUUCGCGUUUGAUGCAGGAGUCCAGCCGUCGUCUGAAUGUAGUUUUACCACCGACUCUGAAUCCAAUGGCUUCUAAGAAACCAGAACGUAACUUCAUCUCAGAUGAAGAUGCGCCAUUAAUGUUUAAGAAUUAUUAUUGCUUUGUUGUCGAAUAAAUAAAC